AUUUUAUGUUUGUGCAUGUGUGUUGGGGGUGGGAGUUCGCUCGAUUGUGCAGCAGUGCACACAAUGUGCUAAUGUGCCAGUGCUUAUAAUUAGCACAGAGAUGUAAAGGGCUGCAGAGCAGUCUAUAGUUUUCUUCGGGGGGCCAUCAGUGCUAUUGAUAUCACUUCGUUUCAUAUUGUCUCCCCUGAUCAUUCAUCUCCUUUGUCUUCUGCAAAACCCACAAUCAUCACACGGUUAGGAUUUCACCAUAUGCCUGUUGUCUGAGUAGCUUUUGUCUUGUUUACAGUGUGUGGGCUUGUGUGUGUAUGCCUGUCAGUAACAGACCAGACAUGUGUGUGUCUGUGCCAGUAGUAAGCGCAAAGCCGCAGUGGAGCCCAUCCCCUGCUCCCUCCCUGAGACGCCUUACUUGUAGUGAGGAGAGGAGCCGCAGCCCAUCGCCACUCCUUCCCCUUCUCCAAUUGGAAAAGAGAGGCCACCUCCCCUCCCCUGCCUCAUUGGUAUGCAGGCGGCGCAGUGUGUGUGUGUGUGUGUAUGAGGAAAGGGGAAGAGAGAGAGAGAGAGAGAGAGGUAGCAGUCAGUGCAAUGGGAUAGAGGAGAGCGAGGAGGAGGAGGAGGAGAGUGAAUGAGAGCUGCUGGAUCUGCCUUCGCCUGCCUGCGUGCCUGCCUGUCGUCUGCUGAAGCUGGGUUUUUUUACCGCCGCGCCACGCUGCACUGGCACAGAGCAGAGUCACGGCCCAUUUGCACCGCCGUCCACGCUCUCAGCACCGACACAGCACCGCCUCUUACUCCAGCGACGCCACCAGCAAGGAAAACCCCGGGACAGAGCUCACCAGGCUUUUCUCCAUCACCAAGGGGGGGACGCAGCAGCUAUACGAAGGGGCCUGACGCUACAAUUUAGGCACCAGCUGCUACCUCAACCAAAUCCCCCUCCACCUUACCCCAUCCUUACCACCACCACCACCACCACCACUCCUCUCUCGCUCCUCCCUAUGCCCUUGUCCUCGGCGGCUCCUCUCACCUCCCUGGCCAGUAUAUGGAUAGAAGCUCCCUGUUUCAGCUCAUACAAGAGCAGCUGGACCCAGACAACACCGGUUUCAUCGCUGUGGAGAACUUCACCAGCUUGGUGGAGCACCAUGAGCUGCAGCUGGAUCCGUCCAAACUGGACAUGCUGUUAGCCCUGGUCCAGAGCAAUGAAGAGGGACAGGUGUGCUACCAGGAGCUCAUCGAGCUGAUGAGCAGUAAGCGCUCCAGCAGUUUCCGACGGGCCAUCGCCAAUGGCCGCCGCACGCUGCAGAGGGAGAUCCUGCUGGACGAGACGGGGCUGGGUCUGUACAAGCGCUUUGUUCGCUAUGUGGCCUACGAGAUCCUGCCCUGCGAGACGGACCGACGCUGGUACUUCCACCAGAACCGCCUGUGUCCCCCGCCUGUCUUCAUCGCCAUCGUCACCAUCGUACAGAUUAUCGUGUUCAUGUGCUACGGCAUCAUGCUAAACAAGUGGGUACUGCAGACCUAUCAGCCCGACUUCAUGAAGAGCCCUCUGGUCUACCAUCCAGGCCACCGCGCACAAGUGUGGCGCUUCUUCAGCUAUAUGUUCAUGCACGUUGGUUUGGAGCAGCUGGGGUUCAACGCUUUACUGCAGCUGAUGAUUGGCGUUCCUUUGGAGAUGGUCCACGGCAUCUUACGAAUAAGUCUGCUUUACAUGGCGGGAGUGCUGGCCGGCUCGCUGACAGUGUCCAUCACCGACAUGCGUGCUCCAGUGGUGGGGGGCUCCGGAGGGGUCUACGCCCUGUGCUCAGCGCAUCUGGCCAACGUUGUCAUGAACUGGGCCGGGAUGCGUUGUCCAUACAAGCUGCUCCGCAUGAUCCUGGCACUAGUUUGCAUGAGUUCGGAGGUGGGUCGUGCCGUCUGGCUCCGCUUCUCGCCGCCGCUACCCUCCUCGGGGCCCCAGCCCAGCUUCAUGGCGCACCUGUCGGGGGCCGUGGUCGGCAUCAGCAUGGGACUGCUGAUCCUGCGCAGCUACGAGGAGAGUCUGCAGAAACAGUGCUCCUGGUGGGUCAUCGUUUUCUCCUUCAUCACCUUCCUCCUCUUCGCCAUCUUCUGGAACAUCUUUGCAUACGAGCUGCUGGGGGUGCAGAUACCACCUCCUCCCUGAUGAAGGCCCCCACCCCAUCCCCACCCCACCCCCACAGGUCCUCCUCCACAUACACACUGUCUCCAGCCCUGCUCCAAACAAAGGUUCCCCUUUGACCAUAGUUAACAUUUCCUCUCAAGUUUAGACCCAAAUGAAAUGAUAUGAAAUCAUUCAAAACUAAAAAAAAAUCGACCAAGAAUCCUUUUUUACAGAUACUUUGCAAAUCAAAGAAAAUAUGUCUCUUUUAUUAAAGAGGGAUUACGGUAGCAACAAGUACAGGUGAACGUUCCUCAGAUCCAUUUUUGAGGAGCAUUAUAUCUUUUUAUACAUACUGUAGGUUGAAAUCUCAUCCCACAUUACCAGCACUAACCUUUGAGUGAGCAUUUAGUCCUGUGCUUUUCUUCUCUUCUUCAUUUCAGAGGCUUUUUUGAAAAGCCGUCGUUUCUUUGAGUGCAUCUUUCAUACACGUAAAGAAGAAUUUGAGUAGUCGACAGGUGCCUGUGGUGAAAAGGAAAGGGAAUCAAUGGGAGGGAAAGGAAGUGUGUGCUGCGGCGGUGACAAUGCUGGAAAACGCUAUGAAAAAGGCUGUCUUUCAUGAAGGUCAGAGAUCAGCUGCAGCGACGCCCCUUAAACUAAGAGGGUUUUUUUUUGCUUAAAGGCAUUCAAGCAGCACCUGAAUCUGAGUCCUUUAGCUGUGCCACAAAUCAGAGCUGCUUUAAAUGAAGCUUUAAAGAAGAAUUUCAGGAUUUAUAUCUGGGGGGCAGCAAUAAAAGAAAAAUACAGAAGCACCAAUGAAAUAUGAUCGCCGAUAUGACUUUUUGAUUUCACAGCCCUGCUGUAACUCACAGGGGUCACUGUGGCUUUUUGCAAAAUUGCUGGCACACUGAUUGAAAAACAACUAACGAAACGUUUUCUUCAAAUUGAGCUGCUGAGGAAGGAUCGCCAGCCCGAUUUAUAAAACAUUCGUUGAAAAUUCUUUGCCCCUGCGUGCAAAUGGCUUUCCCAAGAGUGGAGGAGAAAUGCAAGAUAUCAGGCAAGUUCUAUGCGGAUUCUGUCAUCUUCAAGGUUCGAGGCAUCACUUUCAUUUUCACUUCAUGGGGUCUUUAAAAAUUCAAAGACAUCCGUUUUUUUUUAUGUUAUUUCCAUGACAUUAUACCUACACUGUGGAUACAGACACAUAGUUCACACAACGUAGACAAAAGACGUGAAGAUGGGACAUGAAAGUGACCGCGUGACAGGAGAGGAAAGAAAAAUACGUUUCCUGGAUGGUCAUCACUUAUAGGCAAGUAACCUCCUCCUGUCGCUGUGUCAAACUUACCACCAACUUGCUAGGCGCACCGUGUAAAAUAUAUCAUGUCAUGCUCUGUGGCUCUCAGCGAGACGAGAACACACACACACACUCACACACAAACACACACACUUCUCCUCUUUGUCUUUGAGAGCAGCCACUGCCUGAUUCUGUAGGUCAAUGUGGACAAACCGAAGAGAAGAACAACACACACACACACACACACACACACUGGCCUCUGCCUGUUCUCGCUCUGACAGACUGAACUGGGGAGGGCGUGGACGUGUCAUCACCUGACCUCUGACCUUCGCGUCCCAGAGGGCAUUGGGGUCUCUCUGUCGGGCCCGGUCUAUACCUCAGUUUCUCAUUCUUAGGGACUGUAUACUUUUGUAAAGGAAUGUACCUAUAAAGAAAAAAAAAACGAGUGUUA